UCGGGGGUGGGUCUUUGCUAGGGUUUAGUAGUGCGUUUGCAGCUGCCACUCUCUUUGUCUCCCUUUCUUUUCACACAGCCGCAAAAAAGCUCUCUCCUUUUUCUUCUUCUUCUUCAUCUUCAUUUACACAAUCUCUGUUCCCGACAAUCACAAAUCCGUGAUCUUCCCCUUCACCACGGAUUGUUUGAUUUAGGGUGAAUGGAGGUUGCUACUACGAUCAGCACUGAAUUGAGGAUCCAAACGGAUCGUGAUCCGUCGAACAACAACAACGGAUCUUGCGCCGUUGCUUCUUCCACCGCUUCAGCCGUCUUCAGGAAGAUCGAGUUUCAUCCCGCUAGGAAACCCUUUAAUGGUUUCUCUAAUGGUCGUUCUGAUUUUAAGAUCGAGACUUUGAAUCCUUGCUCCAAUAACAAUCGAGUGUUGUCUGCACCCUCCGCUAAGAAACCUGAAGGUUCCGAUUUGUUGGAAAAUGGGUUUGAUCCUGAGCUUACCUUUAGCAUUACCUUCCGCAAAAUCGGUGCGGGUUUGCAGAAUCUGGGGAAUACAUGUUUUCUCAAUUCGGUAUUGCAAUGUUUGACAUACACUGAGCCUUUAGCUGCUACUCUUCAAACCGUUGCGCAUCAGAAAUAUUGUAAUGUUGCUGGGUUUUGUGCAUUAUGUGCGAUCCAGAAACAUGUCAGGACUGCACGUCAAGCUACUGGCAGAAUACUAGCACCAAAAGAUUUGGUCUCAAACUUGCGAUGCAUUUCCCGAAACUUUAGAAAUUGCCGGCAGGAGGAUGCACAUGAGUACAUGAUCAAUUUGCUUGAAUGCAUGCACAAGUGUAGUCUCCCUUCUGGUGUACCAAGUGAAUCCUCUGAUGCUUACAGGAGAAGUUUGGUACACAAAAUUUUCGGUGGUAGCCUUCGAAGUCAGGUGAAAUGCGAGCAAUGUUCCCAUUGCUCCAACAAGUUUGAUCCAUUUCUUGACCUAAGCCUAGACAUUUCCAAGGCUGAUUCGUUGCAGAGAGCACUUUUACGUUUCACUGCUGUUGAGCUCUUAGAUGAUGGUGCAAAGGUUUACCAAUGUGAAAGAUGCAGACACAAAGUCAAGGCUAGAAAGCAGCUAACUGUUUCUAAAGCACCGUAUGUUUUAACCGUACAUCUUAAGCGGUUUGAAGCACACAGAUCCGAAAAAAUCGAUAGGAAAGUCCAGUUUACCUCUGCAAUUGACAUGAAACCUUUUGUCAGUGGUCCCCAUGAAGGCAAUCUGAAGUACACUCUUUAUGGUGUGUUAGUUCAUUAUGGUCGAAGCAGCCAUUCUGGUCACUAUGCCUGCUUUGUUCGUACAUCAAGUGGCAUGUGGUAUUCUCUUGAUGACAAUAGGGUUUUUCAAGUUAGUGAGAAGACUGUGUUUGAUCAGAAGGCAUAUAUGCUAUUCUAUGUUCGUGAUAGACAAAAUGCUGUCCCUAAGAAUGCAGUCCCCUUGGUUAAGAAAGAGAGCCUUGCCACAAACAGAGCAUCUUUGAUUGUAUCUUCUAACACAAAAGAUCAAUUGAAUGGCCCUGCCAAUGGUUCAGCACUUUUGAAAUCAUGUGAUCAAAGUGCUCGUGCUGGCUUAACUCAGAAAGUUUUAAAUCCCAAAGAGCCUCAGAAAAAUCCCAUAAGUUGUGUGGAGGCAAAACAGACCCUUAAGAUGGUAAAUGGUUCAGUACCCAUAAAAACCUGUGAUCUAGCUGCUCCUACUGUUGUAAUUCAGAAUGACUUAAAUACCAAAGCGACCUUCCAAAAGGAAGUGUCUCUUCCGCUGGCUAAUGGGGAAGGAUCUUUGGUAAAGGAAGAUUCGAAGGUUGCAUGUCCAAUAUUACCAGGGAAGGUGUCUCCUCUCCUGAAUGGAAGCACAAAUGCUCAAAUUCUUGUGAACGUGCCUGUUUCUGGAGCUAAAGCUGAAAAUAGUGUUGAAGAGAAAAAUUCUGUUCACAAUUUGAUCGAGUCUGCUAAUUCACUGAAGGUUAAAGAUGUGUCAAUUGGUAAAUCACCUAUUGAAGCAGCUGUUCUUAUUGAUCAGACAAAGGGACAGCGCCCGGAAGAAUUGGCCACUUCAAUUGAGUUGAUAAAGUCAACUUCUGUGAGUGAGACUCUCACCACACCAAGAAAGAGUCGCAAGCGUAACAUGAAAAGUCUGCAGGUGGGAUUAAAAUUUUUCAAUAAGGCCCUGGGAUUACGAAAAACGAAGAAACUGAAAAAGGGGAGAUUAAGUAGUACAGCUGUCAAAAUGAUCUCUGAGGAGCUCCUAUCCAAGAAAAGUGCUGCAGAUAAUGAUCAGUCCACGUCAACUAGUAGUAAUGGAAAUAUGUUGGUUGGCGCUGUUCUUGCCUCAGACCAACAACAACCCUUGGGGAGUUCUGACUUGUCUAAAAGAAAGAGAGAGUCCUCAAUCUUGUUACAGAAAGAAGCUGUGAGCAUUCUCACACGGGGUGUGCCAGAGACAGUGGUUGCCAAAUGGGAUGAGGAGUUUUCUGCUUCACAGAAGAUGGGAUCAAAGAGUGAAGGCACAAGCAGCAUCGGUUAUGUAGCAGAUGAGUGGGAUGAAGAAUAUGACAGAGGGAAGAAAAAGAAGAUAAGGAUUAAAGAGGAGAGCUAUGAAGGGCCUAACCCGUUCCAGAUGGUUGCGUCGAAGAGACUAACAGAGACAGAGAGAAAGAAGAAAUGGACACAACGCAUACCUACUGCAAAGACAGCCUUCAGGAUAUGAAUGAAUGACCAUAAUCUAUACAUAUAAUGUAAUCCACAUGUUGAGUAAUGUUAACAACAGAGGAAAAGAGAGGCUAUAGAUAUUAGACAUAUUGAUUGUUGUCUCUUCGACUCUCAGUUUUGUCUAUUUGUGGUAAACAAAGACAGAUCCCAUCCACUGUUUUUUGAGUGAGAUUAUCUACUUUUUC